AACGUAAAUUCUCCAUCCAAAAAAAAAAAAAAAAAAUAUAUAUAUAUAUAUAUAUAUAUAUAUAUAUAAAACACUCCUGUACUACUCCACCAUCAUAUGAUUCUGUUUCUGAUAUAGAGAAGAAAAACAAUCCGCCAUCGACUUCAACCAGGUUGCUGGUGGAUUAAUUAUUACGCGUGUUUUCCGAUGGUUUUCCUGGUAACCAAGCAGGGGUUUUAAUAUAAUUGGGAUGUAAUGGCACUUGGGUUCAUCUCGAAUCUGCAUAAUCUUUGGCCCUUUAAGGCGCUCAAACACGAUGACCUAAGAGUAUCUCGUGAUUUGGUUCGCAAGCUUCCGAUUCCUGAGCGGACUAAGCAAUUUGUUUAUGCAAUUUGGGAGCCAGAAAAUCAAUCUGUGAUAUACGUACUUUCUACUCAAAGUUUAUCUGAGCGGUCGGCAUUGGAUGUUAAGUGUUUGAUUAGGGAGAUUAAGCCUGAUGCUGUAGUUGCUCAAGUGGGUCUUCCUCAUGGGGCUGAAAUACUUGCGGAAGAGAGUGAAUUGGAUCAGUGUGUUGAGAACCCACUUCCUACCUCUUCGUUUGAAGUUUUAAGACGAUGUUUUGUGGACAAAGUUAGUAAAGAGAAGUACGAAGAUGUUGCUGGCAAUUUGGUUUUGCGAGAGGUUUUUGGUGUUAGUUUUCACGGACAUCUUUUGGCAGCCAAGAAGGCAGCACGGGAGGUGGGGUCAUCAUUCUUGGUGAUAGAGUCGCCAUGCUUAUCAAUAGCUGCCAAUGAUACAGAGCGUGAAAAUGAUGUAUUGAACAAGUUUCAGGGCUUAGUUAGUAGUUUGGUUCCUCCGCAAGCUUUUGGUUCAGUUGCUACUUUGAGUUCAAGGAGGUUUCUCUUGAACAAUGAUAUUCAGUCGCAAAUGGUCAAGGUUUUAUCACCCGUUAUGGAGAUGUCAAUAUCAAGGUUAAGUCCAUCAAGUUCAGUCGCCAAAAUGGGCUUGGGGGAAACUCAGCCUCAAGAUAGUUAUGAGGCUCCACCGUUUGCUCAGUCCAUUUAUCCAUUGCUUGUCGAUUUGCAUAAUAUAUUUGCAGAUCUCCCAUCCAUUGGAAGGGCUCUUGCUCAUGCUCAAAAGAUGCUAUAUGAUGUGAACAAAGGGGAAGCUGUUGAUAGCAAAAUCAUGUCAGAGGUUUACACCUUCCAAAUUGCAGUUGAGGGGCUGAGAAUUGCUCUGAACAAUGCUGCUAGACUGCCUCUCAACAAAAUAGGGGAUCCGGGCUCAGUUAAGGCCGACUUCUCUGAUCUUUCUCUUCAGGAAAAAUCUCAAGUACUUCUUGCACACGCCCUUCAAUCCCAGACUAAGAAGUUCAAGACCAUUGUUGCAGUGGUGGAUGCCAGUAGCUUAGCAGGUCUAAGGAAGCACUGGAACCAUCCAGUUCCUUCAGAAGUCAAGGAUUUGAUUGGACAGCUUUGUAUCAGUGAUGAAGGUGAUGAGGAAAUGCCAAAUCAGACAGACAAGAAGCUUUUGUUGACUAAUAAACCCGUGGUAGCUGUGGGAGCAGGGGCUACAGCAGCUCUGGGAGUUUCAUCGCUUUCGAAAGUUGUCCCUGCAUCAACCUUCAUGAAGGUUAUAACCUUGAACGUGCCUGCUUCACUUAAAAUCAUUAUGACUCAAACACAGAAGGCAUUGGCGCUUGUCCUUGGCAAAACUCUUGGUCCAACAAAAGUUGUUGCUCCGAGUUUUGCCAGUUCUGGAUUCAAAACAACAUCACUUUUUAAAGCCACUGCUUCUGCUGAGAAGAUCAGGGCAGUUGCCCAUGGUGUUAUAGCCUCAGCUGAGAAAACCAGCCUCUCAGCCAUGAGAACAGCUUUUUAUGAAAUAAUGAGGAAACGCCAGGUUCGGCCAAUCGGUUUUCUGCCAUGGGCAACAUUUGGGUGUAGUGUUGCAACGUGCACAGGAUUGCUUGCUUAUGGAGAUGGGAUCGAGUGUGCUGCCGAAUCUGCUCCUGCUGCUCCAUCAAUCGCCAGUUUAGGCCGUGGAGUUGAGAGAUUGCAAGAGGUAUCUCAGGAGGUGAGGCAAACAGAUAGCACCAGAAUACAUAAGUCUAUAGAAUCAUUAAUGAAUAGAUUAAAGAAAGCAAGAAUUCAAUAAAAUAAGAAUGUGAUUCUUCUCUUUCAAUGGUCGUUAUCUUUGUAAAGUGAUUUUUGAUCAAGUAAGAGAGUUCAUAAAUCAAAAUUGUUUAUAGAGUUA